CCAACUCCAUUUUGCUCUAAGAUGUUUUAAUAAAUAAAAGAAAAACCACUCCACCUCUCUUAUAUAUACUCUCCGCCCUCCCCUCUUUAACACCUCUCUCUCUCUCUCUCUCUCUCUCUCUCUCUCUCCUAUAUCUACAGAGUCACUGUGUCUGCACACAGAUAUCUGUGGCGUGUCUCUUUCGGGAACGAUAGCUCGGUGACGAUGGUGAAGGACGAGUGGAUAAGGGCCGCGAUGACGGAUGAUAGAGUGGUUGUGGAGCUGCUGUUGCGUCUCAAGCAAGCGCAUGCAGCGGCACCAGCGAGACCUCAGGCGGUGAUUCCAAUUAGGUGGGGGUUACGACUUCCGAGGUCCAAGCCAGCUACAGCGGCAUCCGUGCGAUGUGACGUCGUUUGUAAGAGGAAAGAAGGAGAUUCUUCUGCUAGAUGUAGUCCAACCACGCCGCUUUCAUGGAGCGGUGGUGGCGGCGCUGCCUCGCCCUCAGCCACCGUUGACGGCUUCGAAGAGACCAGCCCUCAUGUCACCCGCUCUCCUCCUGGCGCCAGAUCCAAGGUUUUUUUCUCGGGUACUGCUACUGCUGAAACCGCUAGCACCUCCACAAAGAGGUCAAGAAGAAAGAAGACGUUUGCUGAACUUAAAGAAGAAGAGAGUUUUCUGUUGAAAGAAAGGAUGCAUCUCAAAAAGGAAAUAACAACUUUAAAUUCCACAUUUGAGGAACAGGUAGCAAGAAAUGAGAAUUUAAAGAGAAUAAAGUUUGAUUUGAAAUUGCAAUAUGCAAAUAACUCAAGUUUAGCGUCUGAUGUACUGGAGAAAGAAAUUUGCAACCGGCCCUACAAGGGAGAACCCUCUUCUCCCAACCACAUUAGUUCAAUGUUGCCUAAACAUGUUCAAUGUGAUGAUGAUAUCAAGUUGGAUUCCUGUGAAACACAAGAGGCAGUUUCAAACCAUGACAGAUCCUUCCUGCUACCUGAUUUAAAUAUGAUGCCAUCUGAGGAUCCUCACAGUGAAACUCUACCUGGAAUGAGAUGACAAAAAUGUAUAAAGAGUCCUUUGUACCUACUAAGGAUGUGGAUAUCAGGUCAAUGAUGUGGUUGUGACGUUGUUUUUGGCCAAGGAGCUGUUUGCUGUAUGCACAUUCAAGGUCGCGAUCCAGAACUGCAUAACUUGGCCAAGGCCUCAGAAGUGAUAGCUUGGCGUAGAUCUAUAGCUAAUUUGCCCAUGGCAAAGGAAGUCAGUCAGUCAGGAAGAAGCUUUUAAGGAUAGUGUAGAGACCAUGGCUGUAGAUGUAGAUAUUCUUGAUUUGUUGGAGGCUUCUACAUUCCUCUGAAAUUCUAUGUAGAAAUAAUUGUCAUUUUUUUUAGGUGAAUGGCUGCUGGACUCCUAUGUUAAAGGCUUCUUGCAACUAAUGUUACAUUUUUGUUUCUUUAGGCCCUA